UUUGCCCAGCAUACAAAGUCGUUUGAACGAAUCGAUUGAAAUCUAAAAUGUUCAAACUUUUAUUACUAGCUGUUUUAGUUUGCCUAAAUCGGGCAGAUGAGAUGUUUGGGCAGAGAUGCGCCAAGCGGGUCUUCAAUAUCAAAACGGAAGGUCAGAUAUUGGACUUCAGUGUUAGUAAUUCGCAUAUGGCGGUGGUUGUUCAAACUGAGAAUAGAUGGACGGGUGUAGGGCGGAUUUUCAAUUCACAUAUAGGAAUAUACAAGAUGGAAGCAGACCGUAUAACGGCGAUAAAGACAAUCUCGAACAUUACAUCAGCAUUGAGAGCAAAAUUUGCGCCAAGUGGAGACUUGAUUGUACUUUGCGGACCUAACGAUUUCUACCAGCAGAACCACAUGACAAAGAUUUUAGAUCCUUUAUCCGAGCGCCCGAAGUUUACCGUUCUCUACGCUUCAUCCAGUAUAAGGUGUGAUAGACCUUAUUUUGAAUCGAAGGGUCCGUUUUUUAAACCGACCUCGUUAGGAAUCAAUCGAUUCAACUAUAGCUUCUUUCUAUCAAACCAAGAUUCAAUUCAGUACGUGAAGUCCUACGAUCUUACAGGCAACUCGUAUCCGUUUUUAAAAGGCAAUGAACACAUUAGCAUGAGAUACCAUCCAUCUUCCUUUGCAAUACACCCUGUUGACAAUGAGAUUUACGUACUUGACCUUGGGUAUGUAUUAGUGUUCUCUUUCAGUGACGGCUGGUCACAUACAACGGCGACAUGGGAACAUGGGCUUUACCAGUGUAGUAACAUACAAGUUGAUAAACACGGGAAUGUGCUGAUAGUAGCUCAUGGCCCAGACAGAAUAUUCAUGUAUCCUCCUUCAAAGCGUUCUGAUAACCUAUAUAUGUCUCCGGAUAUUCAGUCUGAUCAACAUACUGGUAGCUUUGAACACAGUGCCGUUGGACCUGUCGUUCUACCAAAUAAACCCGAUUGCCAUGUGAGUCAUAUGAAUAACGGGCUACAGAUGCAAAGGGGAGAGUUCAUGGGAAUAGGCCAUGGAUACAUCGAUACGAGUUUGACCAUUGUUAACAUCGAAAUCGACCAUAAAACAGACAAAUUAUACGUGUUAAAAUGGUCGAAGGAUUUUGGCAGUAUGUUCGUUGAAGAGUGGCGCUACACGGAGUCGAAGACUUACGAAAAAUCUUAACCAUCUUACUUUGGCCAGCCAACUCGUGCGAAAUGCAAAUUACUUUCCCGAUUAUGGAAUGGAAUUGGGCUACUUACUUAGGGCUAUACAGCAUUAUUGUCUAAAUUUUGUUUAGAAUUCACAAAUUGGCUCGGGAGCUCGAAUUUUUAAUUGAUGACACCAUUGUAAAAAAAGAUAACCUUAUGAUUAAAAGAACAUCACAUACUAUAUCGAGUACUUUGCAUUAUGGACACUCGCUAUUAUCUCAGAUCACAUGUCAAUCGCAAGACAGUGGAAAACAGUUCUUCAUUAGACAUUGUCACUGAAUAUGAACUGGUGAUUUCAAAUAUUUAAUUAGAUUUUCAAUGAAUACCAAAUCGAUAUAACUACUCUGAAUUCCGUAAGCACAUUUUGUGCAUUUAUUCGCAUAUAUUGUCCUUUGUACAGUAAAAAUGAAUUUAUCGUUUCAUCCUAUUUUACCUUGAUCUUGCUGAUUUCUUAAGUAGCUACUCGUCCUUGCAUUGACAGAUGCGUUUUUAUAUAUUUAGCUCAAAGUAUUAUUAUCCACAAGUAAAUGAAAGCGCUUGAGGUCUACUCUCCUUUCAUCCAAUAAUGAGUUGCCAUAGGCCCAUUGGAGCUAACCAAAAUUUUCAAAAAGGCCCUAGUUACGCUUUUAAGAACCCAUAUUCUUACUAUUGAAACUGGAUUCUCUCACAUGAAUCUACUUGUUGAGAGAUUGUAUGAAUGUAGAUAUAUGCAGAGAUGUUAAAUCAAUGGCACCCUUACUGAAAUCCUCAAUUUCUCAGAACUCAACUUGAUCGAGUCUCAACAAGUAUAUCUUGUUCAUGUGGGAGAGUAUUGGCAGAAUCCAGUGUCGAUAGUAAGAAUAGGGGUUCUUGAAUAGGACAUUGGACUUGGUUUUAGACCUUUUUGCUCUGUAUGGCUGAAUAAAGCUGAAUGAAUAAAUAGAUGUCAGCACUUGUUUUCUUUUGUUUUGGCUGGGCCAGACUGCAAUAGAUUUCAAACGUGUCACUUGAUUUCACGUUUUAUCAAAAUGUUUUGAUUGAAUCUGUCUAAAAUUCGAAUAGCCUACAAUGGUAUUCCCUUAUUAAUGUACAUAUUGUGAUAAAUCAUUAACAUUUUGGUUGUUGAACAAUAAAUCAAGGUUUAAAAGAAUUUUACAGGGUGGCCAGUCAAAAUUGAAAAAUAAAUUCCAGAGAUUUCCAUAAAAUUUCAGAGUCGAAGUUUAUAAUGUAAUUUAAAUGUAUUCUUUGUAUUAAUGAUUCUCCAAAUUGUAGGAAAUAAA